UUGGAAGGCUUGUCAUGUUCUUCACUGGUCAAUACAUAUGAAAUCUUCGAAAAGAGACGUUGCAUAAUGAGAUUACACAUGUGGACGUAACUAUAUCUUCAUCUUCUGUACUCUUGAUGUUUUUGAUUAUGAGCAAUCGAGCACUGUAAGAAAAAUGGGUUUUAGUAGCAGACCGGAAUAGCGUUUUUUUCGAUUGUGCUAUGUUAGUUAUACUCGUGUUUUAAAGAUAGCGGUUGUAUAUUUCCAAACGUUAUGUUACAGUUUCGAGUUGAAAAAUCAUAAUUAAGCGUAUGGUUUGAAAGAAGACGCUUAAUUAAUAUAGCAGAUUAAAAAUAAAAGUGUUAUGCUUGAUUACGCGGUAAUGACCGCGACACUUAGAAAUAAUUUGGCGACUAAAACCCAAUUAGAAUCCAAAAUUAAUCCCAAAUUAGUAGGGUUUCGUUCUUCCCUCUCUCUCUCUUUGUUCUUCACUCUCCAUCGAACACUUUACCUCCAUUUGCUCGAUAGACUCGACCUCAAUCUCUUUCAUUCUCAAUUCCUCAGCUCCAACGAUUACUCAACGUGGAUUAACUCUUAUUGAAAUCCGCUUUGAUUGAAAUCCUUUCCGAUUCCAUCGAAGGUGAACUCAGGUUUCAUCUCUUUUCUAUCCUAAUCGAUUGAAAAUCGAUUUAUCUCUUCUCUAUAACUGAUUUAGGGUUAUUGCAUGUUUAAUUGAAUCGGUGUUGCAUACUCGUUUGCAGGAACCUUUAUUUUCCGACAGCUUUGGCUUAAGGUAUUUGUUCUUUUCAAUUUCUGGGUUUCUCUUUUACUUGUUCAUUUCUGUAAAAUCUUGUAUCUUACUUAAUAACAUUGUCUUUUUUUGUAGGAGACUCUAAUUUAAAUCUGAAGAGAUUUUUUUAAGGUGAGAAAUCCCGUUCUGUUUUGCUGUUAAAUCCCUUAUUGUUUUGUUGUUCUGGCUUGAUAAAGUGAGACUCUUGUAUGUUCAUUUCGCCGGAGCUGUAUCAUGGAUAAAUCUUGGGUCUGGUUACCAAGGUAUUAACUUCACUUGUUCUUUUAAAAAAAUUUAAGUCUCAGUGUUUAGUUCUCACUUGUUUUAACCAUACAGGAAUAGCCUUGAGUAUGAGAAAUGAGCUAGUGAGUUCGUGUCUUCUUCAUCAAAACGUUUAGGUGAUCCAGAUGAAAUGUUCUGCCCAUGUGUUGAUUGUCGCAAUGUCUGCCACCAAUCUAGUGAGAAAGUUUUCGAGCACCUGGUGAUUAGAGGAAUGGAUGAGAAGUACAAGAGCUGUAAGUUUUGGUCUAAACAUGGGGAGACAAGACCUGAUAAGUCAGCUAAUGUGAUCUGGUCUGAAAAUGAGGCUUACGACUUGUUCAGAACAACCUUCAUUCGAAGUCAAGGCAUCGAAGGAUACGCAGAGGAGAAUGCUGGAGUGUUUGAGGGCACUGAUACGCCAUAAGAAGUUGAGUUUAGAAAGAAGUUAAAGGAUGCAGAAACUCCAUUGUACCCAAACUGUCUGAAAUUUACGAAGGUUGCUGCAAUUAUGGGACUUUACAGGAUAAAGGUGAAGAGUGGGAUGUCUGAGAACUAUUUUGAUCAGCUUCUGUCCCUAGUUCAUGAUCUGCUUCCCGAUGAAAACGUUCUACCUAAGUCUACAGAUGAGAUGAAGAAGUUUCUGAAACAGUUUGGUUUUGGGUAUGAUGUCAUCCACGUCUGCAAGAAUAACUGCAUUUUGUAUAGAAAAGAGUUUGAGGAUGCAGUCAGCUGUCCAAGAUGUAGUGAAUCAAGAUGGGAGAAGGAUAAGCAGACUGGUGAGGAGAAGAAAGGGAUUCCUGUUAAGGUGCUUAGGUAUUUUCUUAUUAAAGACAGGUUCAGGAGAUUGUUUAGAUCAAAGCGGUUGGCGAGGACUUGUGUUGGCACUCCACUAAUGCUUCUGAAGAUGGAAAUAUGCGUCAUCCAGUAGAUUCAUUGACUUGGGCUCAGAUAAACAACAAAUGGCCAGAGUUCGCUGCUGAAGCAAGAAACCUAAGACUAGGUAUUUCAACAGAUGGCAUGAAUCCGUUCUCUAUCCAGAACACGAAGCAUAGCACAUGGCAUGUUCUAUUAGUCAACUACAAUAUGGCUCCGACAAAGUGUAUGAGGUCCGAGAACAUCAUGUUGACAAUGUUGAUACCUGGUCCAACCGCACCUAGCAACAACAUUGAUGUAUAUCGACAACCAUUGAUAGAGGACUUGCAUGAUUUAUGGACAAAAGGUAUGGAAGUUUAUGAUUCGUUUAAGAAGGAGAGUUUUACACUUAGAGCUAUGAUGAUGUGGAGUAUCACCGAUUAUCCUGGUUUAGGCACAUUAGCUGGGUGUAAAGUGAAAGGGAAGCAAGCGUGUAAUGUCUGCGGGAAUGGUACACCUCAUAGGUGGCUAAAGUUUAGUCGCAAACAUGUUUACAUGGAGAACAGGAAGCGGCUCAGGCCUAGUCAUCCUUAUAGAAGAAGGAAAGGAUGGUUUGACAAUACAGUGGAGGUUGGUACUGCAAAGAGGAUUCAGAGUGGCUGCAAUAUAUUUGACAAUCUUAAGGACUUUAAAAACGAUUUUGGGAAACCUUUACCUAAGAAGAGUAAGCGGAAAAGGAUAGAAGGAGGUGAAGAUGAUGUUCUUUCAGCUGACGACUGUGAGGAAGAUGAUGAUCUGUGGCGGUGGAAGAAAAAAUAUUUUUUCUUUGACUUACCUUAUUGGAAGGAUAUGCCUGUGAGGCAUAACAUCGACGUCAUGCACGUCGAGAAGAACGUGUCUGAUGCGCUGUUGUCUAUACUGAUGCAUAGUGCGAAAUCUAAGGAUGGACUGAAAGCAAGAAAUGAUUUAGACACAAAGGUGGUAAACAGAAGUGCGCUCUCUUGGACUGUCAUGGCUUAGGAUAAAGGAUUGAUUUAGGUCGGGUGUUCUCAACUGAUCCAGCAGAGAAGGUGCAUUUCGUCCCUUAAGGUCCCAAUGCUACGAAGGUCUGGGAAGAGGUUUCCGAGUUCGAUGCGGCACGAGUGUGGAGGCCAAACUCUGAAAUCGAAUAUAUAGGUGAUGCAGUAGGAAGCACUGUGGCUUGGUCAAAUGAUAAGAUAGUUUAUAUCUAAGACCCUUCUUUAGCUUUUGUGUGAAGUAUGAAACUUAUGUAGAGUUUGGAUAUUUGUGGAAUCUUUGAAAGUUAAAUGAAAUUUAUUUUCUGUUUUAAAAUUCAGUAAUUCGAGCAUAUAAAAAAAAUAUAUAUAUAUAUAUAUAUAUAUGAAAAUGUAAAAUAAUAAUAUAUAAAAAUAUAAAUAAUAUAUAUAGCAAAUUCGUAACUGCUAUAGUAGUUUUAACCAUAAUAAACGGAAAAUACUAUUAAUAUAAACAGAUAUAUAAAAUAUAUAUCACGUAUCUAUAAUAGUUUUAACCAUAACAAUAGGAAAACGAUGUUAAUAAAAGAAGUAAUAGCAUUAAUGACUCGCUAUUAAAACAUAUUUAAUUGCAGAAUAAAAAGCGCUAUCUUAAUGGACGAAAAGAUAGCACCACUAAAUUCCGUUAUGUAAAGUCUUUUUACCUACUAUGACAGGCGAUGAUACAACGCUUCAAAAACCGCUAUACUAUCGUUAUAUAGCGUUUUUCGUCUGCUAAUAAAACCCAUUUUUCUAGUAGAGGUUUUUAAUUUAGCAAUGGCAAACCUCCACUUGUCGCCUUUUUCGCUGGUCAAUACAUAUGAAAAGUUUGAAAGAGACAUCAAGAGACUACACAUGUGGACGGAACUAUAUAUUCAUCUUCUUCACUCUUAGUCUUUGUUUCGAUUAUGAACAAUUGAUAUUUUUAAUUUUGCAAUGGCAACCCUCCACUUGUCACCUUAUUCACUGGUCAAUACAUCGUUGUAAAUGAUAUGUAGGUUCUUACGUAUUUAAAUUCUCUAUCUGUACAAGAGAUUUAUGUGUUUUUUGUUCAAGACAACAAAAAAAAUAUGUCCAGAAAGGUUGAUAAGAUGUGUUUUUAGUGGUUUCUGACCUCUAUAGAUAUUAAGAUAUAAUUUUAUUUGAAUUGAACUAUGGGGUUUUAUUGAGUGAAAAUGUGUAUUUUAAAGUAUUUUAAUCUAUUAUCGAGAUUUUCGGGCAGUGAGUUUUUUUAGAAAAAAUGAUCAAAUAUUUCCUCUUUAGUAAUUCCUUCCAAUUACUAUAUCUAACAGCCAAGAUAAUUACUCACACUGAACCUAAGAGACUAUAUAUGCAUUAAAUCCAGCAGUCCAUCAAAACUAUCCAACUCCCACUGAUGGCGGUAUGGACUGCUGGAGUCGAGUACAAGUGACUGUGCAAGUAUGACUUAAGGUAAUAUAAAGAUUCAUGAGCUAAGAAAAAAUGAUUCACGAGAUGAUUUACCAAAAAUAUAUUGUUCAGUUUGGGUUUUAUGCAAGUUGAUUCUCUUUUUUCGAAACUCCGAAUCUAUAUUAUCAAACUCCUUGUUAUGACUUUUAAUGCAAGUCUCCAAUUAAAAACACCACAGAUGCUUCGCAUUUAUGAUUUAGCUAAUUUGAGGUAAUUAUCUUAAACCUCUUUAAAUAUUUGUGGUGUAGUGGUUGGAUUUUUAUUAAUUCAACUUUCUAUCUUAAGAAACUUCAAAAGCAAACUGAUGGAUCAACUUCGAACCGGUGGCAUUGGAAAACUAACCCAAUUUUUCAUCUUCCGUCAAAAAUUGAGUUUCAUUCAUCAGUGUGAAAUCUUGCAAUCAAGUGACAAACUUAUUAUGUAUAGGCAAAGUUAUGCAUCUUCAGUUGUCUUUUUUACAUCCAAUUCGACUUCUUUUGUUUUAAGUAGAUCUAAACCGUGUAAAGACUUGAUAAAAUACUAAAAUACUCUAAAACACAUACUUUGAUUAUGUUUAAAAGUAAGAAUAAAAAAACUGCAAAAGCACUGAAAAAUAUAAGAAAAUUUUAGUUUGACAAAUCUCGAGAUUUCAUUGUAGUGAAUUGUAGGAAUGUUUCGGGCAUCUGAACUCGUUAAAGUUUUUGCAGCCAGUUACUCUGAGUUGCCAACUCUGUUCCAAUUAUAUUUUUUUACUCGUCAUUUGUGAAGCAAAAUUAGUGCAAUCAGACAGUUUAGAGAGAAAGCUUAAAUUUGACAAAUGAUGCGUUCCAUCUUCAAAUUCUAACAUUUAGCUGUAAUUCUACUGGUGUUUCAGAAAAAAAAAACUGUUAAUUCUGCUGGUAAAUAUUUCUAUUUUAGGUAUUGGAAUACUAAGUUCGAGUGUCACCGACUGCAAAAAGGGAAUUAAAAAAAAAGUUUUAUUCUGAUCCGAUAAAAUCAUGGAUUUCAAUCCAAAACUUCUAAAAUUCAAAAAGAAAAAGGUUCUAGGGCAGUUAUUAUUUAGCUUCAGCUGUGAAAAUCGAACUCAAGAAAAUAGUAUAUAACGAGGCUUUAUCCUAUAACAACCUACUAGGUAACGCGCCGGCUAUAUGUAAGUUCUCAUAAGAUUACCGUCGUUAUUAUUGUUUGACUACUAUAUAUGGCACGUAAAUACUUGACCUCUCUUGCUAGUAGGAAUAUCUAUAAUUAGAGACUACACAAAAGAAAAUCCAAAAGAAAUGUCAUUUUCAAAAAUAAAGAGAUUAAGGGGUACACGUUAAGUUAAAAAAAAAAAGCAUGGCUUUUCACUGCUUUCAGAAGAUAUGAUGUGGACUUCUAAUAGCAUAUUUAAUUCAUAUUUAUAGUAGGUGUUUAAUUAUCUUACUAAUAUUUAUUAAUAAAUAUAUUAUUAAUUUAAUGACCUACAAAAUAAUUUAUUGUCAUAUACUUACAAAAUCAAUAACAAAUUUUACAUAAAACUAUUUAUAAAUGAUGCAGUCUUUCACUAAAACACACACAUAUUUUUUAUAUAUAUUAUAAAAAUUAGAAACAAUCAUUUUAUGUAAAUAUUGUAGAAAUCUCUUUAUAUACAAUUUUGUAUAAAAUUGUGUUUUUUAUAAUUUUAAAUUUUAUUUUUCAUUAAUUAUCAAGAUUUUUAAUUAUGUUUAUCUAAACAUAGCUAAUAUAUAAACUGAUAAUUAUUAGACUAUUUAAUGAUUUAUUAAUUUAGAAUUCAAUUUUUACACGAUAAAUACAUGUUCAGAAAUUUAUCUACUGAAAAAAUAUUAUUAUUUUGGAUAAUUAUACAAUAGACAUGAUUUUUAUUGUCAAGAAACGUUAUUUUCUUUUUUAAUAUUUUAUUAUAUAUAAUUCAUGUUUAAUCGUUAAUUUAUAAAAUUAUAUUCAAAUAAAUCUAACUAUUCAUUAAGGAUAACAACAUAUUUAGCCAGUCUAGCUUUUAACGUGAGAGAUCGAAUGCAAAAAAUCACUUCACAAAUAAUAGUAUAGAUUUGUUUUAGUUACAAUAUUUACAAUAAGAUUACUAUUUUUAUAUUUAUAGAAAUAAAUAUUAUUUUUAUUUUUACUCUAAAUAUAAGAAAAUAUUAUUUAAAAAUUAUAUCAGAUUAAAUUUUACUUUUAUUAUAAAAUUCUUUUAUCUUUUAAAUAACAAAUACAUUGAAAAUAAUAUAAGUCUAAAACAACCAAAGGAUAGAAACAAAAGAUUACAAAUGCGAAUUUGAUAAUAUAAACAGUACAAAGUAAUAAUAUAAAAUAAUAUCAAGACUAAAGAAUGAAAAUACGUUAUAAUCGAAUUUUAGACAAAAUUAAAGUGUAAACAAAGGAAAAUAUAAAAAAGACUAUUUUUCGCACAUUGAAACUGGUAGGCACACUAAUUUUAAGUAAAACACACAUAACUUUUUCUGUAACUGAUGGAUCGAUUUCGAACCGGUGGUAUUGGAAAGCUAACUCUAUUUUUCAUCUUGUAUCAAAAUUUGAGUUUCAUUCAUAGGUGUGAAAUCUUGCAAUCAAUUUCUAAACUUAUGAUGUAUAUGUAAAGUUAUGCAUCUUCAGGUGUCUUUUUACAUUUAAUUGGACUUCUUUUGUUCCAAGUAGAUCUAAAACCCUGUAAAAACUUGAUAAUAUACUAAAAGACUCUUAAACACAUACUUUGAUUCAAAACAUAAAUUAGAAACCGGUAAAAACACAUAUAUAUCACUCAUGUCGUUCUAUAAUUGGUUAUUGUGUACAUCUAGGUACCCCCGUUAUCACUUGGAAAUUCAAAAAGCAACAAACCGUAAGUCACGGUGUAACUGAAGCAGAAAACAUAAGCAUGGCUUUGGCUACUUGUCAACUUCUUUGGUUGGCUCAGCUGCUGAAAGUAUUCAAGGUUCAUGAUCAUGGCUCCAGCAGAGUUGUUUUCUAAUAACAAAUCUGUUAAUCAUAUUGCUUCCAACCAGUUCAUUCACAAGCAGACUAAGCACAUAUAGAGAUCAAUUGGCACACAGUGAAAAAAUUGGCCAAAACUGGGGAUUUUGAAGUUGUUUCAUGUCUCUAGCUCCAAUCAACAUGAUGAUAUAUAAGGCAUUACAUCUGGGUUUCUUUCACUCCAUUGGAUGUCUAUAUAUAUAUCAAAUCUCUUUAAGCCUAUUCUACUUUAAUCGGUUUGAGGCAUAUUGAUACUAUGUAUCCGAUUGUUAAAUCUGUCUUAGUUUACCACUAGUUUAGUAUGGUUUAGUGUCUUUUUUUUUGCUUAAACCACUUAUGUAUAAAUAAUGAUCGAUAGAACCCAUAUACAUAAUGAUCGAUAGAACCCAUUUCUGAGUACCGAGAAAUAUUCAAUUACAAAUUCAUCUUCUAAACUAAUGAUUUUGAUUCUUUAUAAAAUCUUAGAUAAGAUUUUAAAUAUUAAUCGUUCCCAUUGAGACUUAAGGUUAACCCACAAGCCUAGCCUAUGUUUCCAGACAAAUAUUUCACGACUAAGAGCAUUUCCGACCCUAUUUCAAAACCCACUUCUAACUCUAUUUUACAGUAAAAUCAUCUCCAACCCCACUAUAAAACCCACUCCAAAAUAGAAUAAUAGACAUGAUUACUCCAAAUAUGGAGUAUUCCAACUCAUUACUCCAAAAUGGAAUUGAACUUUUUUAUUUAUAAAAUGGUCUUCCACAUUUAAAUAUUUUCAUUUUCAAUAAAAUUGUUAUAAAUAAGUAUAUUAAUAUUAUUUUACUAUAUAUAUUAUAAAAUUUACUGUCAACAUUUCUUAAUUAUAUAUAUAGCCAUCUAAUAAACUAUUUUAUGCAACAAAAUAUAUAUAAUAUAAAACAUAACAGAUCAUACAUAUAAAAAAUAAAAGAUAAGCACCAUACAAAAGAAAUAACAUAAAAUAAAUCUUAUAACAAAGAUAAUUGCUUAAUAAUCAGGUAAAUCACCUCCAUAUCCAUUAAAUUUAUUAAAGUGGUCCACUAUAGUGCAAACUAUUCAAGAGCCCGUAGGUCGAAAGAAAAAAUAUUUUGCUAUGCAACAAGAAGCAUGUAGGAAAGAUGUAGAACGCGCAUUUGGAGUUCUCCAGUCUCGGUUCGCUAUUGUGAAAGGACCUGUUCGUUUCUGGAAAAAAAUGUACUCCAUUAUAUUAUGACUACAUGUAUCAUCUUACAUAACAUGAUAAUCGAGGAUGAACGUGAUCUCGAGGCGCCAAUUGAAGUUGAAAGAGAAGUUCCGUCUCCAGAAGUUAAGACUGUAGGAAAUAAUAAUGCGAGAUUCCAAGAGUUUCGUUCCCGUUUCAGAAAAAUCAAAGAUAAAGAAGCUCAUUUUUUACUUCGAAAUGCAUUAGUUGAUCAUUUGUGGGAAAAUUAUACUAAUUCUAAUGAGUAAUUUAAGUUGAUGUAUUAUUGUGUUUGAGCUAUGUAAUGUAAUUUUUAAUGUAAUAAAUGUUUUCUUUAUAAACAUUGUCGAGUAUUUAUAUAAUAAAAAAAUUAAUUGUGGUUAAUACUGUAUUUAAUAUAAUUAUUACAAUCUGAAAAUGAAUUAUUUUUCAAAUAGUAUAAAUGAAAGGUGAUAUUACUAAUUUUUAAAUAAAUAUAAAAUAUAAAAUAUUAGGAAUAUUCUCUUUUGGAGUGGAAAAUGGAGUAAUACAUUAGAGUAAAACUUAACUCUAUUUUGAAGUUACUCUAUUUUGGAAUAGAAAAUUGAGUAAUAUAUUAGAGAUGCUCUAAGUCUAGAGUUAUAAAAUAUAAUUUCUUAUUUUGAAUAAAUUUUCUCUGUGCACAUAGCCACAAACAUGUCAAGUGGAAUCAAGUAAAAGUAAAAUUGGUCCCUACAUAUCGUGGAACGCUUGACACUUGAAUGAGCAGACGGAGCCACACAAUUAAGUAUAGUUUUCCCUCGUAGGACGAGCCACAAACUAGUCAUUCUCUUCAAAACGUCACUUGUUAUUUUUUUUUGAAAAUUCCAAAAACGUCACUUGUUGAGCCAUUAUCUAUUCGUUAAUACCAAAAAAUAUUAGUACAUAUUGUAUUUUAUUUCUGUAUUAUUUAAAUAUUCGAUUCCUCAAUUAUUGUAUUUCAUUUGAUACAAAAAUGACCAUUAAGUAUACAUCUGAAAGAGGAUAUAUUUUAUUUCAUUAAGCGCUUCCUUAAAAUGGCAUCGAUCGUUGUAUUAUAGAAUGUGGACGAGAAUCAGUUAUUAAUUUCCGGUAGUGAUACUGACCUACACUAAUGAGAAAAGACUUUUUGUGUCUUCCGGAAAUGACUUCUUGUAUGAACUGAACUGAUCAGUGGUAUGUGUUUGUCUAUUACUUAAUCUCUCCCGGUCUUUAAAAAAAUGCGUAAUUGAUUCCACGCGUACCACUAAGAAAAUGCAUACAUAUGCAGUUGCGGCCAUACACUGUUAAGAAUUUAAUUGGCUAUAUGUAUGUUUUAAUUUUUUUUUUUUUUUUUUUUUGCUAACCGAGUAUCCUGGCCCCACCGAGCUGAUCCAGACUAGAGACCGAAGUGAGCAAGGACGCUGCCAGGGCGUCACCAUGUGGCUCACCGUGUAACGGUCUUCGGUCUCGGGUGCUGCAGCUCACAUGUAAAUUCCGCAGUGGCCAAGACUCGAACCCAGGGGCGGGCACUCCAGUUGGAGCUCCUAUACCACUAGACCAAAGCAACUUGGUUUUAAUUUAUAAGUUAUAUUAGUACCUUGCAUGGGACAGUCCACCUAAUGUCUUAUAAAUUUGUUACAAUGGAAAAAAAAUAACUUAUAUCUUUCUCGGUCUUUUAAAAUUGCGUAGUUGAUGCCACGCGUUCCACUUGGAAAAUGCAUACAUAUGCGGUUGCCAUACAAAUUGUUUGAAGAACUUAAUAGGUCAUAUGUAUGUUUUAAUUUAUAAGUUAUAUCAGUACUUUGCAUGGGACAGUCCACCUGAUGUCUUAUAAAUUUGUUACAAUGGGAAAAAGUUACUUAAUCUUCUCGGUCUUUUAAAAUUGCUAUAGUUGAUGCCACGCGGUCCACUCAGAAAUAUGCGUACAUAUACAGUUGCGAGUUGCCAUACAAAUUGUUUAACGAAUUUAAUAGAUUAUAUGUAUGUUUUCAUUUAUAAGUUUUAUAUUAGUACCUUUCAUGGCACAGUCCACAUAAUAUCUUAUAAAUUUUUUUAUUUAUAAUGGAAAAAUUACUUAAUAUUUUUCGAUAUUUUCACAAGGCAUAAUUGAUGCCAUGCAUUAUACUCAGGAAUAUUUAUUAUACACGUAAAAGAUGCUCUACACAAAUUAAGAUGCUAGAAAGUUCCAAACAAAUUAAAAAAAAUUAUAUCUUAUACAAUAAAGUUGGCUUAAGUCUUUCCUCUUGCAUCCACGUCAGCAUGGAGAAGGGGACAUUCUGCGCCACGUGUCACCGUAUCAGACCAUUGGCGAUUUUUGGUUUUACCCGUCUUCCCAUAUUUUUUUUUGUGCUGCGAUGUAAAUAUAUAUAUCGAAUUAGGCUUUAGACUAUUGUUUGGGCUGUAAUAUUAGAUCUAAUUAUGAGGCAACAACCUUGUGGCCCAUCGCUAAGUAUCUUCCUCCCCAAAGCUGAGAACCCUAACACCGGAGGUCUGAAACUGUUGCUGCUUGAGUCAUCCUUCCCUUUCACAUCCAACAUUACGCUUAACAAUAGUGUCAAGCCAUCAAGUUCCUCCACUAUUACCACUAACUCUUCAUCAAUGGAGCUUCAAAUCUACCUUCUCGAUUUCACUCCACUAUUCAAUAUAUAUACAUCGCUUGAAAACGUAAUACUUUUCCCUUUCUGAUUGCAGAACUUCUGUUAAUUUCUAGACUCAUGGCGACCUCUCUAAUUCAUUUCACAGAAUUGAAGUUUGGAUAUUGUCGACAAGGCUCUUUCGAUUUUCAGAAGCCCAUAAUGUUAAGAAAGGGGUGAACUGAUCUGUGUUGCUAUGGUCCUUAUUGAUUCGAAGGUACGAUCAUAACUAUUUUUACCUUCUUAAAACACAAUAUGAGAAUCACAAUUUUUUUUCUUAUGGUUCAUCUUUUCAUGUCACAGGCUAUGGAGCUAAGCGUUCUCGAUAUUGCAUGAAGCAAUCCAACCUUCAAGUUUGCUGAAAUCCAUGUGUCAAUUAGAUUCAUAGACAAAACUGUGAACUGAUCCCCAAGGAGUGUUUUAGGUUUCAAAAAUAAUGUCACUUGAAUCUGGUGUUGAACCAAAAGGGGUCAUUGCAACAAAUAUAAAUCCAAAACUUGUCGGAGGUAAGAAACAACUCCUAGCUACGCUUGGUCCACUCUGUUAUAGGAAUAAAGUUUUAGCUAUCAUCCAAACCUUUGUGUCCAUGUUUUCAUAUGAAAAGUCCACACAAGUUUCAGAAACUUCUUGAUUCACGCUUGCUAACUAUAUAUAGAUGCUAGACAGUUUCAAAAGCUCUCAAAGUAAUCACUUAUGUUGGCUGAAUUUCCUUACAGGGAGGCUGUUUCAGAACGCUACAUCUGGAACGAAUUUAUAUCUUGACAACAAGUGUGGAGCGAGCAGUAGCUUUAUCAAAGAGUAGGGUCUUUUAAACUUCUUUAUAGAAUCUUUUGCUUUAUAAUUUCUUCACGGUACUUGCGGACCUCUUCUUUAAUAUUUUCAAGACAUUCUUGACUAGGUCACUGCAAUCAAGAGCACAAUCAACGGCGGUACACAUGGGACACAACGUGUAAUUCUGUCUCUACGUCUAGAAAGGUCGCCUCAACAGUUUAAAAUCCAUUGUUUGUAAUUUUUUACAACUUUGUAUAAUAUUGUAUUGUGAAAGUGUGAGUGUUAGUCUGUUCGAUGGCCUAGCUUUUGCAUUUCCUAAGAAAUUAGAAAGCUACGGUUCGGAGCCAAAAGUUGUGUUGGUCCCUAGCAUCAAUCCCAAGGUUGUUGGAGAUAAUAUAUUGAUAAUUUGUAAUGUCUCCAGCAUUAAGACACAGCUUCAUCCGAGUUUGUAGGAUUUAUUGUGUUCUCAGGCCAGUAUAUAACUAAAAAACUCACUUUCCCACAUGCAGGCCGGUUAUUUCUUAACGGCACUUACGGAACCCAUCGUUACUUUGACUCUGAGACAUCAUUGUAAAACCCAAUAAAAAAAAAUUUUUUUUUUUUUUUUUUGAACACAGAAACCCAAUGAAGAUUGUUAGUCUAUUUUCUUGGGGAUGGUUAUGAAACCCAGGUCGGGCUUUUUCAAUCUUUGAAAUUAUUGGUUUUUUCAAACU